AUGGACGGCCAUGAACCCUUGGAUGACACGCUGGAACGUCCUACAAAGCGACUGCGCCUAUCUUUCACCCCCGAAUCGCCUGAAAAAGCCGAACAACCGUCGGGGGAGUGGGAUCUACAAGCCGCGCGCGCCCAGAACGACCUACGGCUUAAAUCGAUAUUCGAGGGGAUUUUCGCAAAAUACGGCAAUGAUUUUUCGGAAGUGGGCGAUGAGAUUGACUUGGAAACCGGAGAGAUUGUGGUCAAUAAUGGCCACUUGCAGGGUAUGCAUGAGGAAACCGAUAUUGGGAAUAAAGAGAAACCUUGGGAAACGGACCCCUUUGGCUCGGACGACGAGGCCUCCACUCCAGACGAGAAGGAGCUAGUCGAGUCCCACGAUCAUGCUUCAGCACGCAGUCCCCAAAACGAGUUAUUGGGCUCUGGCACGGACGGAGAUGCGAGUACCUCCCUCUGUGUCUCUGCGCGGGCGUUCUCAGGCCCCGGGCCUGGAAUUCCGGCAUCCAGUCCGUCGGUGUUGAAAGGAAAACCUUCAUCAGCACUGCACCAUAUCGAGAAGGACCCCGGCCCAAGAGACCCUCUCUGGCAAGCCCCUGAACUGCCACCACUCUUCACGACGCCCAAGGUCGAUAAGCGACGCGCCAACGUAACACCUCAACUCCCGAUCAUCCCCCGGCAACCCUCCCCACCCGGCUCCGGGUCUCUCUGGACAGUUCCGCGAAGACGUCCACCGCAAUCAAGUAAGCAUGGAAAAGCCACAGCUACCCCAACGCCGACAAAAAGCCGGUCUCGGGCGAAACGCAAGCACCAGUCAAGCCCCGUGGCGCGCGACUGGUCCUUUGCCAAAGUUGCCGACGACGACGAAUCGGACGACCCGCUGCAAGAGGAUUGGCCAUCGUCGCCUCUGCCAUUCCCACGCCAAAUCGAUAUCACGAGCAAAUGCGAAUUUGACAGUCGAAUUAAUUCACUCGAUAAAAAUCUCCUCGCAGAGUCGGUAAUAAUCACAAGUCGGCUUGAUGCCCGCCACCAAUCACCUACCCAAGCGGAUCCGUCUGUGCACGACCAAUCGGGUACAGAGCCUGAACGAGAUGAUCAAGGCGACCACUCGGAACGAAGCCCAACGACGACUGAUGUGCCAGUCGAAUAUCAUGAUUUACUGUGCGAUUUACCGUCACCUGUAUCGCUUCACUCCCAAACCGCCGCUCACUCGCCAUUAAAUUACUCGCCGACCAAGGCCAGUACCAAAUUCUCGCCCGACGACAUCAAGCUAAUAGUAUGCAUGCGAUAUGUACAAGAGAGAACAUGGAAAGAGAUUGUGGAUGCCCUACCGGGCCGCACCUUGACACAAAUCUAUCAGUGGAACCAGGUUCACUGGAGCGAUCGCCGUGCGUGUCCGCCCGAACUUUCAGCUCCCUGGUCGCAGGCCGAGCUGAAGAUCCUGGAAUCUCUGGCAGGUCGAUCAGGGCUCUCUUGGGGUGAUAUCAUGGACGAGCUUUCGGAACGCUCCCAGCCAGAAGUCGAAUUCGAACUGCUUCGUUGUUGGGCUGGGGAUGACGUUUGGGAGGGUGAGCAGCGUGACUCGCUAGCAACGGCCCCUCCUGGUCCAGAACUUUCUGCAUCUGUACAAUAUGAGACGGAGAAUACGGUAAUUAGGAUUGACACGAGUGACGCCGAGGAAACUGGGUCUGAAACAUCGGCCACGGCAGCUGAGAAGCACGAUGUUGAAGAACUCAUAACCGUGGAAGAGCAUGAUGUUGAACUGCCUCCCCAACGAGAGCACCGCCAGUUUGAAUUUGAGGAUCUAGUCGACAGCGAUGAUGCCAAUGGCGAGAAUGGGAAUGACGAGGUCAUGCUCAUCAGUGGAGCAUCUUCACCGUCCAAGCUGUCCGCAAUUCUCCUGGACAGUCCCGUAUCGAGUCGUUACGGCUCGGCGACUCCCAAGAAUUCGCCGUUCAAGCGCCAGAGUUUUAUCUGA